AUGGGCGUCAAAGCGGCUCCCAAGACGUCCAAAGCGCUAAAGGACGAUAUAUUGGAACAGAAGAGCCCCGCUGAGUUUUUCGCGGAUAACAGGAACAUCGCUGGCUUCGACAAUCCUGGGAAGUGCCUGUACACAACGAUACGAGAGCUGGUGGAGAAUGCACUGGAUGCUGCAGAGAGCAUCCAUGUCCUCCCCGACAUUGACAUCACCAUUGAGGAGAUGAGCCAGCAUGCCCUCAACCACAUGCGCGGGAUCAGCAAUCCAGACCGAAUCGAUGAGGCCCUUUACCAUGACUUUGAGUCAGAUGCGGCGCGCGUGAAAAGGCUCCAAAGAGAGGCCAAGGAGCUGGACAGACUGGAAAAGCUGGCUGCCAAGAAGGGGGAAACAGGCGAUGCCCUGGACGGCAAGCGGCGGGAUCUGGAGGCCCGGCAGGCGGCGGCGCAAGGCGGCAGGUCCGACAAGGUCUUCUACAGGGUGACUAUUAAGGACAAUGGCGCGGGCAUGGCCCACGCCCAGAUCCCAGACAUGCUGGGCCGGGUCCUGUCAGGCACCAAGUACGGCGUCGCCCAAACGCGGGGCAAAUUUGGGCUGGGAGCCAAGAUGGCGCUGAUCUGGAGCAAGAUGAGCACGGGGCUGCCCAUCACCAUCCGCUCGGCGCGCCCACGGUCCGCCACCAUUUCUUACUACAAGCUGGACAUCGACAUCCAGAAGAACCAGCCUAACGUGCACGAACAGAAGCUGCUGGACAACCUUGACCACUGGCAUGGGGCGGAGCUGAGCCUCAUCAUCGCCGGGAACUGGCAGUACUAUCGCUCCAAGGUGCUCAAGUACCUGCAGCUCAUCGCCGUCAUCACGCCAUACACCCAGUUCUACAACCCCUCCGACGCUGUGCAGUUCAACUUCAAGUACGUGGCAGAGGAGGAGAAGCAGUCCCUCAACAUCGUGUUUGCUCGCAGGACCGAUGUGAUGGCGUCCCCUCCCAAGAUCAUCAAGCACCAUCCAGCUUCUGUGGACCUGGAGCUCAUCAAGCGCCUGGCGGCAGCCUCGAAGGACGCCACACUGCUGGCCUUCCUUUCCAAGAGCUUUGCAUGCGUGUCCCGCGAACUCUCAGGAUCGGGACGCAUCCUGGAUGAGAUGCAGGCGGGGGUGAGCGCGGACAUGACCCCGGCGGAGUUGGGGGACACGCAGUUGGUCAGGCUGCACCAGCUGCUGCACGAAGUCAAGUUUCCCGACCCCUCUGGCAACCACCUGAGCCCUGCAGGAGAGUACAACCUGCGACUCGGCAUCAUGAAGGAGUUUGGGCCGGACCUGGUGGCCACCCACCAGGGCGAGGCUCGUGUGCACGAUGGCCAUGCUUUCCUCGUGGAAGCGGGGGUCAGCCUGGGCGGGUCCACCGUCAAGCCCGGCAUCAAUAUCCACCGCUUUGCCAACCGCAUCCCGCUCCUGUUUGAGGUGGGCCACUGGGGCUGGGGCGGCUCCGAUGUGAUCACCCGCACGGCCCUCAAGCGCAUUAAUUGGGCGCUUUACAAGAUCAACCAGGCCACCGACAGGGUGGGGGUCUUUGUGUCUAUCGUCUCCACCAAGAUCCCCUUCAAGGGCGCGGGGAAGGAGUACAUUGCGGACGACGUGGAGGAGAUGCAGGCGGCCGUCAAGUCUGCACUCCAGGCCUGCUGCCUGCAGCUCCGAUCCAAGCUGGUGAAGCAGGCGGCAGCUCGGGAGCAGGCGCAGCGCAAGCGCGCGCUGACCAAGUACGUGCCCAAUGUGGCGGCGGCCGUGUACGCCAUCGUGCAGGGGAUCGCGGCCAGGCCAGGCAAACGGCCCAGGCUGGCCCCACCCGAGAAGGAUGUGAUCGACAAGGUGGCCAGCGGCGACGUAACCCAGAAGACGCUGGCCACGCGCCUGAUGGAGCACAUAGAGCGCUUUGACACAGACAUGGUGGGUGUUGUUUCUAAAGGGAAGAACAAGACCCGGCGGUACACCGCACGCAUGGGCACAACAUUGUACUUGUUCCAUUUACGCCUUCUCCUUGCGUGUCAGGACACCAACCCAUACACCUCAACCCCCCCUCCUAUCCCUGUAUAG